AUGCAUCAUAUGUCGCCGCCCGUCAAUCAGGAAAGGAAACGCUCUCAUGCUGGCCUUGCACCGAUCCAGACAAGUGGUCCCGCGGGAUCUCGGCGUCCGAGUGGAUCUGGGAGUCCGGGAGUUGUCUCGCCGGGAGCACUUUCCUACAGCAACGGAACUGUCGGAGGGAAUAAAUUGGCGGCCACGACAGCAGCAAACGUGGUCUUCCCGAACGCACGAGGCGCGAUUCAUUCGCCUGUGUCUUCGCAACCACAUAGCAGCGCGAUGCUACCACCACCAGACAAAGAAUCUAAAUCCAAAAGCUCGAAGAUGAAAUUUCUUCGUCCGAAAGCAAUGACCUUGAGCAAGGAAAAGGAUGGAAAGGGCGUGAUGGCCGCACCAUCUCCGGGUAAAUCGAGCAGUACAGCCAACCUGUUACGCUUCCCGAAUCAAUCUGUGACCAGUUUCGCCGAGUCUACCUCAGGGUCUCUAUAUAGUUCUGCAAACGUCUCCACGUCUACAUUGGUUCCAGCUACUUCAGAAAAGGACAAGGAGAAGAAACACCACUUUUUAUCACGCCAAAAACACAAAGUUAAAGAGGAGCCACUGGCGCUACCUUUGAGUUCAGCACAUUCCAAUUCCCACGCAACAAACCCAGAGCAUCCCCAACCUUUAUAUAACUUCACUCCAGAUUCUCCGGCCCCAAGCUCAUUCGCCAAGAACUUCGAUCUCAGACAUGGUGGUCGUCUACUGCGCAAUGCAAAGAAGGAAGAAAAGGCGGCAGCGGCGUCAAAAAUGGAAGGGACUGCUCUUUCAUCUAGUGCACCAGGACAUAGUUCCAUGGAACAAUUCCUCGGUUCAAACAGCUUCGAAAACGUGGGACCUCCCUCCAGCGCCGCGAAUGUGUUCUCGUUUCCUUCCGACAACGUCUCAGCGCAGGCCUUCAGCACAAUUGGAGCCCAAAUGGGUCUCCCUGGAAUCGGGCCCGACGAUGCAUGGCCGUUACUGAAAGCCCGUUUGCUCAAUUUGUUUUCGGGAGAAAGCUUACGACCGCCGAUUGAGGACUUCAAUGCCUUGGUCAGUGUACAUGUGCGUCGUUGUAUACAACGGCGAUGUCCGAUAGUCCUGAUUGAAGAUGUUCGAGAGCUAUUGCAGACCGGAUUCGGCUCUCUAGCGCAGACGCUCAGAGGGGUUCCUGAUGAGAGGCUGAUCACAAAUCUGGUAGACAUGUGGGUCGGUGUAUAUGGCACGAUUUUGCCAUUUCUGCAGGCAGUCUUCCUCCCGCUCGAGCUGGAGUUCAAAGGCCGUGGAAACCUGAUGACCGCCCGCGAAGCACAAGAAUUUUGGGGCGCAAUCCCUGAAUCGCUGAAGUUAGACGAGCGACCUGAAUCUGCAGGAGGAGCGCUCCGGACGCCGAGUCUAGCUGAUGAGCUCGAAGUCCGCAGGCUGACACUCAUCAUCUUCCGGGACUCAGUGAUAUUGCCCAAACACGAAAGCCUCAUGAACAUCUUCAGCCGUUUGUCUCUGGACAAUAUAAAUGCUGCAGCUUCACCUGCCGCCAGCGCCCAAGGCCGAAGCCAUGCCCGUAGCGAUCUGUCUACCUCAGGCGCAGACCGUCCUGGAACAGCUGGUAGCCUAAGUCCACGGCUGAGCAGCUUUAACUCGCAGAGCUCAACGUAUCUCGAUGCCGCCAGCAACUCUUCAGGCAAUGCAACCAGUCUAGCAAACCGUAGUCGGGCCACCUCCAAUACCUCAGCCGGCAGCUUCGGCACUAGUCUGCCCCAUCUCAGCUCUCCGCUGGCCGCAGGCUUCACAACACCGGGCCAGGCAGCGGCGAGUUCACAGCAACAGCCGGCGCCGCCGCCUCCGGUCGCAUUCACCGAUCCAGCCAAGAUCACCGAAACAGUGGCAAAGAUGCUUCAAUGCCUGUAUGUACUUGCGUCGUGUCAAACCGGCGAUGUGGCUCAGGGCAACGUAGAACGACUCACGGGGGCGCUCAAAUAUAACUGGUUGGGUCGCGGACGUACAGGGCGGGACCGCAGAGGGUGGGUAGGUGUCAAGGCCGGUCAACGGGUGGGCUUGGUGGGUGCAUCAUGA